GUGUUCCUCAUUGCUGUAGCAGUGGAACUCUGGACUUGGCAUUUGGCCCUAACUGAGGAUGAAGAUGAGACGCCACAAGCUCUUUCUGACUCUGUGCAUGGGUGGUCUCUGCCUCAUCUCCGUCCUGCACUUCCUCAAGGCCCUCUCUUACGUCACCUUCCCCCGGGAGCUGGCUUCGCUUAGCCCCAACCUCGUCUACAGCUUCUUCUGGAACAAUGCACCUGUCACGCCGCAGGUCAGCCCUGAGCCAGGAGGGCCGGAGUUUCUCCGCGCGCCUCUGUACUCCCAUUCACCCCUGCCACCCAGCAGGGCCAGCGAGGAGCUGCACAAAGCUGAGUUUGUACUGCAGGAAGACACAUCAGAAUAUUUUGUCCAUACCAAAGCUGGCGGUGUCUGCUUCAAGCCAGGCACCAGGAUGUUGGAGAAGCCACCAGCAGGCCGGACGGACGAGAGAGAAGAUGGUGCUGCUUCGGGGCACCCAGCUCGCAAGCCGCUGAGCAACAGCGGCACAAAGCGGCGCAAGUGGGUGGAGUGCGUGUGCCUGCCUGGCUGGCAUGGCCCUAGCUGUGGGGUGCCCACUGUGGUCCAGUACUCAAACCUGCCCACCAAGGAUCGGCUGGCACCACGUGAUGUACCCCGGCGGGUCAUCAAUGCCAUCAACAUCAACCACGAGUUCGACCUCCUGGAAGCCCGUUUCCAUGAGCUGGGUGAUGUAGUGGACGCCUUCAUGGUCUGCGAGUCGAACUUCACGGCCUAUGGCGAGGCGCGCCCACUAAAGUUCCGCGAGAUGCUCCUCAAUGGCUCCUUCGACUACAUCCGCCACAAGGUGCUCUAUGUCUUCCUGGACCACUUCCCUCCCGGUGGGCGCCAGGACGGCUGGAUCGCCGAUGACUACCUGCGCACCUUCCUGACGCGGGACGGCACCUCCCGCCUACGCAACCUGCGCCCGGACGACAUCUUCAUCAUUGACGAUGCGGACGAGAUCCCGGCCCGCGAUGGCGUGCUGUUCCUCAAGCUCUACGAUGGCUGGACGGAGCCUUUUGCUUUCCACAUGCGCAAGUCCCUCUAUGGCUUCUUCUGGAAGCAGCCCGGCACCCUAGAGGUGGUUUCUGGCUGCACAGUGGGGAUGCUGCAUGCCGUCUACGCCACGGAUGGGAUCCGCCUCCGCCGCAGAGAGUACUAUACUAUGCCUGGCUUCCGGCAGUACGAGAACAGCACGGGCCACAUUCUGGUGCAGUGGUCGCUGGGCAGCCCCCUCCAUUUUGCUGGCUGGCACUGCUCCUGGUGCUUCACCCCAGAGGGCAUCUACUUCAAACUGGUGUCAGCCCAGAACGGGGACUUCCCCCGCUGGGGUGACUACGAGGACAAGCGGGACCUCAACUACAUCCGGGAACUGAUCCGGACUGGUGGCUGGUUCGACGGCACCACCCAGGAGUACCCCCCUGCUGACCCCAAGGAACAAAUGUAUGCCCCAAAGUACCUGCUAAAGAACUACCAGCGGUUCCACUACCUGCUGGAGAAUCCCUACCGGCGGGCGGAAGGGGCUGGAUGAGGGGAGCUGGACUUGCAUGGGAAAUGGGAACAU